AAUAUUAUGUGUGCUAAAAGAGAAGAAGAGAUAGUUAUAGAAGAAGGUGAUCAUCAUCAUCAUCAGAAUAUUCAAAGGUUUCAAGAACAACAAUUAAUCCUUCAAGAAAUUCAACAACAAAGCAUGGGUAUUAAUGAUUAUUCGUAUAGCAACACUAGGUUAAUGUUCCCGUCGUCAUCAUCAUCAUCAGAAAUCUCUCCAAUCUCGAAUCAUCAUCAGCAAUCUUCAUCAUGGAGUACCCUACCUCAAGUGUUCCACCAAAACAGCAACUUUAACCCGCUUCUUCAAUACCCAACCCGAGACCACGACCCGUUUCUUUUCCCUCCACCACCGCCACCUCCUCCGCCGAUGUCAUGCUACGGCGGUUUGUUUAACAGAAGGGUACCAGGUGGCUUGCAGUUCGCGUAUGAAGGUGGUACAUCGUCGUCAGAUCAUCACUUAAGACUCAUAUCUGAGAUGGUCCAACCUGGAUCCGGCCCGUUUGGGCUCCAAACAGAAAUGGGUAAGAUGACUGCUCAAGAGAUCAUGGAUGCUAAAGCUUUAGCAGCUUCGAAAAGCCAUAGCGAAGCCGAACGACGACGUAGGGAACGAAUCAACAAUCAUCUUGCAAAGCUCCGAAGCUUACUUCCUAGCACCACCAAAACGGACAAGGCUUCAUUGCUAGCUGAAGUGAUACAACACGUGAAGGAGCUAAAGCGUCAGACAUCUAUAAUUGCUGAACAAAGUCCAGUCCCCACAGAGAUUGACGAGUUAACUGUGGAUAAUGCAUCUGACCAAGAUGGUAAACUUGUGAUCAGGGCCUCAUUAUGCUGUGAGGAUCGAUCAGAUCUCUUACCAGAUCUCAUCAAGACUUUAAAGGCCCUUCGACUGAGAACCCUAAAGGCCGAAAUCACAACCCUGGGGGGACGUGUGAAAAACGUUUUGUUUAUCACUGCAGAAGAUCACAAUUUAAACGGAAAUGAUGAUCAGCAAAUGGUGAAUUAUUCGAUAAACACGAUCCAAGAAGCCCUUAAGCAAGUAAUGGAGAAAACAAAUGGGGAUGAUUCUUCGUCUGGGAGUGUAAAGAGACAGAGAACAAACAACAUCAAUAUCCUUGAGCAUCAUAGAUCUCUUUAGCCGGUGGUGCGUGUAAGCUGAUCUAGAUACCUAAAGAAAACGCGAACGAAAAUCACUAAUUACGACCUAAUCUUAGGGCUUUUUUUCCUUGAAAUCUUGGAUUUCUAAGUCUCGGUUCUUUCUGUAUGGGGUGUUUUGCUUUUCUAUUUCCUUUUCAUUAGUUUUUUUGAUCUUUUCAGAGAUGGGGAUGCUUAAUUUGUUGUUGAAAUUGUGUGUAUGAAGAAGUUAAAAGCUAGUAGUAGUAGU